GGAAGGCUUAUAGCAGCUGCAAUGAUGUCAUCAGCAACGUCUGUAAUCUUCAAGCGCCGCCCUUCGUCCAUCCCGGCAUCUGGCUGUCGGCCCUUCGCAACAUCAGCAGCAGCGGCGAAUCUGCCGGCGCCGGGCUCAUGGCGAGUGUUCCGCAAGCGCUUCGAAGGCCGGUGGCUGCGCAUGAAGGCCCCCUACACCGUCAGCGGCCCGCCAGUGUGGAACCAGAACCAGCUGGGAUACAAGAGAAUGGCCCGCAAGUACCCCUACUUCAAGCAGAGAGCAUUCAGCCCGCUCUACAUCGUCACCGACUACAACCCUGCUAAGGGCGUCGUGAGCAACGAUGAGCUGAUUGUGUCGUAUACGCUUGACAGUGGGCGUGAGUUUCACCGUGUCAAGGAGGCGAUAGAGGGUGCUUUGCCGGGGGUGAUGGUGACCGGCGAGGGGCGGGAGAGCCGCGGGGGCGGUGCGGGGGUGUUUGAGGUGAGGCGGCGAAGAGAUGGGCAGGUGCUGUAUGCCUCGCAGUCCAUGAGUAAGUAGGCCGACAGACAGACGCGAACAUUUGGCACAUACGUGUUGUUGAUAACACUAUCUCUCUCUCUGUGCGUGUGUGUGUGUGUGUGCGUGUGUGCGUCAGCUGAGCUGGAUCCUUCAUCUGUGGUCAAGACCCUAGUGUCGCACUUCAGGCACACGCAGACAGCUACUGUGGCAUGACGUGGCGCCUCUCUUCACACGACGUGCUGUACUUGUGACGAUGUGGCAUGUGGGUGGCGGACAGCAGACAGAGAGAGAGAGAGAGAGAGAGACAGGUGCCUGAGUGGUUUUUCUGUCCCUGAGGUGUUGUAUAUGUACGCGAAUGGUGGACGGAUGUCAACGAGUGGAUAAAGGUCUUGUGACACACGCUCUAGCUGACU